AUGGGAGUGGCUGUCAUGUGGCCACGACGCAACCGCCACCGGGAAAACGCCGAGCGGAACGCUCGCCUGGACAUGGUGCGGAACCAGCUCGAACGGCGCGGCAUCAUGGACGAGCGCGUUUUGCAAGCCAUGCGCGAGGUGCCCCGGCAUGUCUUUGCGCCGGCCAAGCGGCGUCACGAGGCGUAUGGCGACCAUCCUAUUCCCAUCGGCGAGAUGCAGACGAUCUCCCAGCCCUACAUGGUCGCCGUGAUGAUCGAGCAUCUGCGGUUGCGAGGCGGCGAGCGCGUCCUCGAAAUCGGCACCGGUUCGGGUUAUCAAGCCGCAGUGCUCAGCCGACUGGCAGCCGAGGUUUACACGGUGGAGUGCUUCCCUUCCCUGGCCGCCGAUGCCCGUCUCGUUUUGCAACGGCUCGGCUGCCCUAGUGUACGGGUCAUGGACGCCGACGGCUGCCAAGGGCUGGCGGAUCAGGCGCCUUAUAACGGUAUCAUCGUGGCAGCAGCAGCGGCGUUCAUCCCGCCACCGUUGCGGGCGCAAUUGGCGGACGGCGGGCGGCUGGUCAUGCCGGUCGGCGGCCCCGAGGGGCAGCGGCUGGUCAUCGUGACCCGGCAGGCGGGUACGUUCAUAGAGGAAAAGGCGGUGACGUGCCGCUUCGUGCCUUUGCUGGGGGCUGAUGUUCAAUAA